AUGGAAGCCGUCAACCCACCACAGCAGCAAGAGGACGUUGCCACCUCGAAGCGCAUCUACCUUGGGAACCUUUUGUACUCGGUCAAGCCCGGCACGAUCGAGGAGAUGCUCCACGAGGGUGGUUUCGGCAACUUUGAAAAGAUUCACAUCUCCGUCGAUCCCGUCAGCGGCCGCAACCCAGGCUACUGCUUCGUCGACUUCCCCGACAAGGCCUCGGCCGACCUCGCCCUCGAGACGCUCGACGUCUCCAUCGGCGGCCGUCCGCUCAAGGUCCGCCCCUGCGAGCCUAAGAAGCCGCGCGCCUCGGCCGCCGGCGUGCGCUGGGGCCGCGACGCCCGCGAAGGCGGCAGUGCCGACGCUGAGUCUCCCGCCCCCUCGCCAGCCCGCAACAGCCGCGGUGGCAGUGGCGACAACGGCAGCGGAGGAGGCCAGAGCUUCAACCGCUGGGGUGACUGGAACUCGAGCCGUGACGGGCAGGCGCCGCAGCAGCAGCAACAGCAGCAGCGGGGCGGCGCCGGCGACAGACAGGGUCCUGGCGCGGCGCUCAACCACUUUGACGAGAACAUGCAGGAGGAGGGCCGCAGGCUGUUUGUCGGCGGACUGGGCAAGAUGGUUGAUCAGGAUCACAACCGCACAGAGAUGGAGGCCAUCUUUGCCGAGUUUAAGCCUGCCGCCAUUGGCAAGCGCAUCACCGCCCGCCCCGACGAGAGCCGGCCUGCCAGCGGCAACCGCAACUUUUGCUUUGUCGACUUUGACACGCGCGAGGAGGCCGAGGCCGCGCGCCAGGCCCUCGACGGCAUCGAGCUCAACGGCAACCCCAUCACUGUGCGCACCGCCCGCCGCCAGCGCGAGCAGAUGCAGGGCAGCGGCUACCGCCACGACAUCCAGCGCAACACCAACAGCAGCACCAACAACAGCAGCGCCGAUCCCCCUGCGGUGGGUGCUUCCGACUCGCCGAGCAGGGCAUUUGCAUCGCGUGACUGGCGCCGCCGGGUGGACUGA